ACAACGGCGGUCGGGCGUGGUGCUGGCCAACCCCCUCGCGUGCCGUGCCUGCUGUCACGUGCUUUUCGCGAACAGCUUUUGCCUCGACGGUCUGUUGAGGCCGUACGGGGGGUCUUUGUCUUUGUAUAUAGCGGGAACGCGCUGGUGCAGCGGUUAACACACCGCACUGCUCACCCGGCGACGUGAGCUCGAUACCUGGCCACGGCCAACAUCCGGGGCAAGUGAUACCUGAACCAGUUCAGCGCCGCCCCUAGGGCCACUCGGCCUUCAAUGAGUGCAUAAUGCCGUGUGUUUAACGUCGACACGGGGGGGAGACAAAGGCGGCCCGGUGUGUUGCCGAUGACACCCAAGCCCCUCCACGGGCAGCCCUGGCUGGCCCCCUCUUCUCUCUGCUUCCCCUUCAAGCCCCGUGCCGUCAGACCAACCUUAACCCUUUCCCGUUCCGAUGACGCACGUGUGUAUGUCAUAAGUUUUUCUUCCGACUCCUUUCCCGGUGACAUGCGCGUACGUCGUCGGGACUGAAUCGGAAGAAAAAACUCAGAUAAAAUCACUUGACCGGUACCGAGGCUCCCACAGUGCCAUGCGGGAGGGCGCGUGGCACAGUUUGGCGCCAGCUAUCGUAGAGUGCGGUCGUGUCGCUACAGUUCUCUGCGGUGAGUACAAUGUCUUUUAGACAGCGGUGCUGCACCUCUCGAAAUAAAAUUAACGCUGAACCGCUUUGCAUGUUACGAGAUUCAGCGGUGAACGGUACCCCCACCCUGCAACUUGCAGACAUCUCCAAACGGGAAAGGGUUAAUUGCUUCUCUUUUCAUCCUUCCCCUGCUCGGUCCCUCCCAUUCUCUCUCGGCUCAUCACUUCGUGUUUCUGCGCUGCUCUGAGACGUCUGCUACGCUGUGGGAGCAUUGUAAAUGGUUCUGAAAGAUAUCCCACAAUGCAACAUGCCUCAUGCCUGGCAGUACAGGAAGUGAUGUCACAGCAGGGCAUGGCUCAUUCGUCCAAUCAAGAGCGACCAGAGGACGCAACGCGAAUGGAGGAGUCGGCGAGUGACGCGCCUUUGAUGUUGGGCAGGAGCGAGGACUCUGCCAAGCCUUUGGACCCAAAAGCUCAGAUGGACGCAGACAAGAACUCAAUUUACAGCCACCCUCUCUUCCCGCUGCUGCGGCUCAUGAUGCUGCGCUGCGAGGAAGCCACGCAGGGGGCCGAGGGCAUCACGUCGGCCGGCCUCUCCGCCGAAAUCCAGGCCAUGCUGGGCACGCAGAGCGAGCUCUUCAGUGGCAACGGAGACACGGACAGCCUGAUGCUCAAGGCCGUGCAGGUGCUCCGCAUCCACCUGCUGGAGCUGGAGAAGGUGCGUGAGCUGUGCCAGGAUUUCUGCGAGCGGUACAUCGCCUGCCUGCGCGGCAAGCUCAGCUCCGACAACCUCCUGCGGGGCGACGCGGGGCCCGCCAGCUCGCAGCUGGAGCAGGCCUUCUACGCCCUGCACUCGCCUGGCAACGACGUGCGUCAGGACCGGGCCCAGCCGGUCAACGUUCUGGCCAACCUCGCCAGCUCCACCGAAUGCCGCCUAGGUCCUCCGCACCGCCAGGGAGUUGUGGGAGCCGCGAUGCAUCAUGGGAAUGCGAAGAUGAGUCCAGCGCAAGCGGCGAUGGCAGGAGGAGACGGGGGCUUCGCAUCCUCGCUGGUGCUCACCCUGCAGAGCCCCGCCACCCCGGCCGGCGGAGGAGCGAAUCGACGGCAACACUCCACGGGGGGCUCCCGUUCCUGCUUCCAGCCGCUGUCGCUGGGCCCCCAGUGCGGCAUGACGGGCGAUCGCACGCGGUCCCCGCAGGAGAGGCUCGAGGCGUUCAACCACCUCGGCCACCUCCCCUCGCCCACGGCUCACCAGGCGGAGUGCGAUCUCUCGGAGAGCGACGACCGCAAGAUGAAGAGCAAGCGCGGAGUGCUGCCCAAGCACGCCACGGGCAUCAUGCGCUCCUGGCUCUUCCAGCACAUUGUGCACCCAUACCCCACAGAGGACGAGAAGAGGCAGAUUGCCGCCCAGACGAAUCUCACCCUCCUCCAGGUCAACAACUGGUUCAUCAACGCUCGCCGGCGGAUCCUGCAGCCGAUGCUCGAUGCUGGCAACACAAGCGGUGGCAAUCCGGCUGGGAAUUCCGUCGGGAAUGCCACCGGAAAUCCGGAGGGAGGUCCCGCCGGGUGCGGGAGAGGGAGGAGAGGCAAAGCGGCACCCAGAGCCCUGCUCAGGUUCUGGCCGGAGCAACUGGCGUCGACGGGAGCGACGGGAGAAGCGGAGGCCAGGAGACUCCUUCAGCGGUCGGGAUCGAACGCUGACGGUGGCGACGGGCACGCCACGGAGGGCGACCCGAGCGAGCCCCCCUUCCCACGCCCGGGUUCCAGCGUCGGCUACGGCGCCGAAGACUCCCAGGACGGCACCGACGACGACGACGACGAGGAGGAGGAGGGCAGCAGCGGCACCGCUCACGACCUCACGCUCGCCGGCUGUCCGUCCCCCGAUUAGCGCCCUCUGCCUGUGCCCUCCACCACCCAACUCCUCCCACUCCCCCCAUUGCUGCAACGAGUCAAGUUAGUACUCACGGAAGUGGCGGCGGCGGG